CGGAGAUGGAUCCCGUCGCCGACACCGCCGGCGAAGCGCUCGACGAAAAGCGGCAGAGGACGACGACAAGCAUUACGGCGGCUGUGGCGGUGGUGCCGUGGGCGUUCAUUCUGGCGGAAAUCCUGGGCGUCGUGCUCCGCUUCCUGCCCUGCCUCGCCGACCGUGCCGCCGUGCGGUCCGUGUGCCGGCACUGGCGCGCCGCCUCGCAGGGGCACAGCCUGCCGCGGCCGCUCCCACUGCUCGUGCUCCCCAGGUUCAGGUUCUUCAGCUUUUCCACCCAUGGCGCAGUCGUCGCUAUGCGCCGCGGGUGGAUGCCUCAGGAGGUGUCCACUGGCCAUGUUGGCUGCGUGGGAUCUUCCCAAGGGUGGCUUCUUGUGGCGAGACCCUGCGAAGAUGGCACCGAAAGCGAGCGCUUCCUGGUGAACGCGUUCUCCCACGAGAUCGUCUGUCUGCCCCGCCUGCGUGCUCCCUACUGCACCACCUCUGGUGAGCUCCCCUGGAUUGCCAACGAUGACCCCAAGUAUUCAGGGUCACUCGACCACGUGGUGCUCUCUGCUCCGCCUGGCUCGGCAACCAAGUGCAUAGUGGCUGGCUUCUCCUACCGCAGUCCUGCGCCCAGCUUGCCUGGGCUUACGCUGUGGCAGCCUGGGAUGAAGACAUGGUACGUCUAUCAAUCUGACUGGGUUGCCUGGAUGAGUGACCUUGUGUUCCAUCAGGGGAAACUCUACAUGCUCAACAGGUCCUGGUACGCCUUCCAAUCGCCAUUGCUCUUGGCUUUUACACUCGGGGAAGAUGAACAUGGGGUAAAUGUCUCUGGCUUUGAGCGUCCAGUGACUAUGCCGCCGAUCCCCCGGCCUGGCCCUACACUGUGGGCGAGGUGCAACUUGGUGCUAUGGCGUGGCAGCCUGGUGCUGAUCAUAAGAUACGUCGAGGGUUGUGUAUCGCCGUUCCAAACUGAGAAGGUUGAUGUUUUUGCAUUGGACCUCAGCAUAAACCCUUGUGGAGUCACUGAGAUCCACAGCUUCGAUGGUGAUUGUGUCUUUGUCGAUCCAUGCCGCUGCACUUCCUUUCCUGCCGGCUCAUAUGACGGUGUCCAAGGUGACUGUAUCUACUUUAUCGAAAAGUAUCAGAAGGGCGACGACGACGAGCCUAGUUAUAUGACAACUGUGUACAACAUGAGAGAUGGUACGGUGAAGCCCUUCACUGCUGAGUUAUUGUCGGGAUUUUCAGUUACAAUAUGCCUCUAA